AUGGAGCCCUAUGGAUCCUACAAUCUGUCAACUAAUUACCAGCAAAACCAAUCAAUGGCGCCUUAUCAAGUAAACCAUAACAAUGGGCAUAAUAUGCAGCAAUUUUUAAACAAUGGUAUGAAUAAUUAUUACAAUAGUACACCUACAACUUCUCAAUUUCCGAAUAAUAAUGGAUUUUUGAUGUCUGCAAAUGCACCUUCUGCUUCUCCAUCUACUAAUACUCUUAAUGCAAGUCUUAGCAACAAUGGUUAUAUUUCACAGAGUAUACAACCUGCUCCUCAACCUACAUCGUCUCAUUCGUAUUAUAAUGUAAUUUCACCAAAUCCAAAUGCAUAUUUCAAUAAUGCUCCGGCGAUUUACACUCAUGUAACAAACGUCAAUAUUGAAAUGUCUUCAAACACUACUUUAUGCUACCAAGGGGAAAACUUUACACAUAAUAUGCCUUUACAAGUUAAUCCAUCAAACAUUAAUUAUGGAGGAUCAACAGCUAGUGGUUCAAACAGUCAACAUGUAUCUAAUUCAAAAAAGGAUGACGAAUGGUUUAAUUUAACAAAUAAGUUUUUAAAUAAUCCAGGAGAAAAUCCGAAUUUUAAUAUUUCAUUUAACAAACAACAUGCGUCUAAUUCGAAAAUAGAUGAUGAAUGGUUUAAUUUAACAAGUAAGUUUUUAAAUGAUCGAGAAAAAAAUGUGACUCGUAAUAUUUCAUUGGUAUCUAACACUCAUCAAACUGAUUCUAAACAAAACAAUUUUUUUAAAAAUCAAUCAAAUAAUACUAAAAAUCCAAAAACUUUUACAAAAAUAUUGCCUAAAGCAACAAAGAUAUCUGAAAAACUGUCUAUUGAACAAAUUUUGGCUAACGAACAGAAAAAGCAUUAUUAUUCAUUUGAAUCUGAAUUAUAUUAUAAAAAGCUUAUCGGCUCAAAGGUUUUUAUAGCAAAUGAUAUAACACUAGAAGUAUGUCAUGAAUUUGAAACAGUGUUAGGUAAACGUGCUACAGCUGUGAAUGCAUUAAAACCAGUAUAUACCAAACCUCGUAAAAUGAAUGUCAAUGUAUGUAAGCAUAAAUGUGUAGGAAAUAAAGACUAUGAUAAUGAUUCUUGUAGUUCAAGUGAUGAAGAUUCAGAUCAUAAAAAUGCCACAUUAAUAGAACUUGCUAAAAAAUGUGCUCAUCCUGACCGGCUGCAUCCAGAACUUUGGCAUAACGAAUUAGGAGAAAUGAAUGAUGGACCAGUUUGCAAAUGUAGUUGCAAGUCGCAGAGAUCUGGUAUCCAUCACAAUAUUUAUAUUGGUGAAGGACAGUUUAAACCUUGUUUGCCAAACACAAAUAAUGCCGACAAAUUAUAUCAUUAUAGAAUUAGUAUAACUCCAUCUACAAAUUUUUUACUUAAAUGUCCUACAGUUAUUAAACAUGAGCGUAAUAAAUAUAUUUUUGAAGGAUUUUCAUUGCUAUCACAUUAUCCUAUUCCCACAUUGCCAACAUGCAAAGUUGUCCGGUUCAAUACUAAUUAUGCUAUAUUAUACAUUGAAGAAAAGAUGCCAGAGAAUUUUGUGAUACAAGAGUUGGAACUAUUUUAUAAAUUUUUCUUUAAAGACAUAUUGGAAUUGGUGGAUUUAGAUUUCCAUGCUAUAGGAAAUAAAGAUGGAUGUCCUGUAUUUCAUUUUAUGCCUCGAUUUGUAAGAGACUUAUCAAAUAACAACAACGAAUUACUAUCUAUGCGUAAUGUUCUUAAAUAUCUUUUAAAUAACAAUAAAUUACUUUUUGAAGAAAACUCAUUACCUGGUUUAAAACAAAUGUCUAUUGAUGAAUGGCAAGAUAUUGUUGAUGAAUAUAAAGGCAUGAUCAUUACAAAUCCAGAAACUAAACCAAGUUCAAUACGUGUUGAUCAACUGGAUAGAAAUAAUAAAAUGGAGACGACUGACAAAUUAUAUCCAGUCGUAGUUCAUUUUGGUAUAAGACCAUCACAGUUAAGUUACGCUGGUAAUCCAGACUAUCAAAAAAGGUGGAGAGAUUAUGUCAAAUUUCGACAUUUGCUUGCAAAUAUGCCUAAGCCAUCAGCUGAGGAUAAAAGAAAACUUAAAACCAAAGAAAUAUCUUUACAAGAAACUAAGUCACAUAAUAAAAUGAAACGUGGAGUCACAGCUGCUAUUAGUAGUAAAGGAUUUUAUAAAACUGGACUCAUGUGUGAUAUAGUUCAGCAUGCAAUGCUUUUACCAGUACUGGUGUGCCAUUUUAGAUUUCAUAAAAGUUUAGAAUGCUUAGAAAAUUCAAUAGGAUAUAAAUUCAAGAACAAAUAUUUACUCCAGCUAGCUUUAACUCAUCCAUCUUAUCGAGACAAUUUUGGUACAAAUCCUGACCAUGUAAGGAAUACUCUUACAAAUUGUGGUAUACGACAACCAGAAUAUGGAGGUAGACAUCUUAAUUUUACGAAUACAAGAAAAAGAGGUCUAAACACCCUUAUAAAUAUAAUGUCACAGUUUGGUAAAAAGUCAGAAAUGGAAUCAAAUAUUAUGCACAAUGAACGUUUGGAAUUUUUAGGGGAUGCUGUUAUUGAGUUUUUGUCUACUAUACAUUUAUUUAAUAUAUUUCCUGAUGUUGAGGAAGGCAGUCUAGCAACAUACCGAGCUGCCAUUGUGCAAAAUCAACAUCUCGCUAUUAUGGCAAAAUAUUUAAAAUUGGAUGAUUUUAUGUUAUAUGCUCAUGGUUCAGAUUUAUGCCACGAUUCUGAACUUAAACAUGCAAUGGCUAAUUGCUUUGAAGCUUUGAUGGGAGCAUUAUUUUUAGAUGGAGGAGUAGAAGUUGCUGAUCGUGUAUUUGGAGAAACAUUCUUUAAGGAUUCACCAGAGCACCUUAAAAUAUGGGUGAACUACCCUAAACAUCUAUUACAACAACAAGAACCAGAUGGCGACCGUAAAUGGAUUAAAACAUUACCAUUGCUUCAAAGACUAACUUCUUUUGAAGAUUCUAUAGGUAUAAAAUUUAAUCAUAUCAGGCUAUUGGCAAGAGCAUUUACUGAUAGAAGUGUGGGUUUUACAAAUUUAACCCUUGGAUCAAACCAACGACUUGAAUUUCUCGGCGAUACUGUUCUACAGUUAAUAGCGUCAGACUAUUUAUAUAAGUAUUUUCCAGAACAUCAUGAGGGUCAUUUGUCACUACUCCGUAGUUCUUUGGUAAAUAAUCGAACUCAGUCUGUUGUGUGUGAUGAUCUGGGUAUGGUAAAUUAUGCAUUAUAUGCAAAUCCGAAACCAGAAAUGAAAACAAAAGAUAGAGCUGAUCUUUUAGAAGCAUUACUUGGGGCCUUAUAUAUAGACAAAGGUCUUAAACACUGUCAGGCAUUUUGUAAUGUUUGCUUUUUUCCCCGCCUACAUGAUUUUAUUUUAAAACAAGAUUGGAAUGACCCAAAAUCUAAACUACAACAAUGUUGUUUAACUUUACGAUCUGUUGAUGGUGGAGAACCCGAUAUUCCCAUUUAUAAAGUGAUUGAAUGUAUGGGGCCAACUAAUGGUCGAAAGUAUACUGUAGCUGUUUACUUUAAAGGUGUUAGGCUGUCACAGGCAAAUGGUCAUAGUAUACAACGAGCUGAAAUGAAUGCAGCUAAUAGUGCUUUAGAAGUAUCCAAAGAUUUAUUCCCACAACUGGAUCAUCAAAGAAAAGCUAUAUCAAGAAGUUUGCUUCAUCAAAGUACAGAUAGCAAUACAAAUUUUAUGGACAUCAUAAAAAUGUUAGAAUCAAAUUCAUCCAAAAAUGAUUCAGAUCUGAGCGAAUCAGAAAAAAAGAGAAAGAAAUUACACAAAAAAUUAUUAGCAGUAUUAUGUUCUUGCCAGGAUUAUAAUGAAGAUACAGAUGGCGAAGAAGAUAAAAAACAAAACAAAGAAGAAGAACUAGAUGAACCAGUAAGAAAAAAGAUUAAAAGAAGACACUCAAAGAGAAAAACUUGAACAGAGAACCAAAAAAACCCUACCAAAAGAAAUAAAUGUUGAGAAGAACUAGAAAGAAAAAAAUCAAAAUAUACAAUUUUUGAUUCUUUACAUUUAAGUAUAAUUUAAUUCUUUGUUUUAAAACAAAAUAUGUACCCUUUUUUAGAAUUAAACAAAGCUUGAUUAGUUAGCUUUAUCAAUUUUACAAUUUUAUCAUAAUUUUUUUUUCAGCAUAUUUUUUAUUUUUUUAUUAUUUUAUAACAAUUUUUAAUAUGAAUAAUAUUUUAAGUACAGUUUUAUAAUAUAAAAUCUAAUUUAAUUAAAAUGUAUUUAAAAUUGUCUUACUUAGUUUCAUAUAAUAUAAUAUUUUUACAAUGUGAUAUACCUAUAAUCUAUGUCUUAGUCGUCAUGCAAAAACUCACAGGUUGUACUUUUAUAGUUUUCGUUAAUAUCAAUUUAAGUGUUAAAUACAUUAUGAAAAAUACAAUUUAUACCCAUUUGUAUCAUACAUGAUAUCAUUAAAACCAUGGUGAUAUGUAUAAUUGAUAUGUUAAAUUUUUAAUAUGGGUAAAAAAUGACCAUGCAC